CCUCCCUUCGUAGGGAUGCUACCCUUGCUAUGUUCUUUAAGUCAUAACAAAUUUAAAUUAUUCAUCGAGUUUUUUUAUGUUGCGUUCAUCUGAUCCACUCCCAUCCAACAAGACACUGUGGAGAUGUUGACCUCCUUGCCCAACCUGUAGACCUACUAGGUCCUGUCUCCCUCCUCCGCUUUUUGUGCUUGCCUUCUGUCCCCCCACUCUGCGACCCCUUGCGACAGGAGCCAUGUCGGGGGUGAAGGUCCAGCGGGGGGUGGUGGACACUCAGAGGCUGGCCGGGAUGCUGCAGAGGCGAGCCACUCAGAUUCUGGUCAUCGACAGCCGGACCUUCUCCGAGUACAACGCGUCCCACGUGCUGAGCUCCAUCAACGUGUGCUGCUCCAAGCUGGUGAAGAGGAGGCUCCAGCAGGACAAGGUGUCCGUCGCGGAGCUCCUGCAGCCCAACGGAAAGAUAAAGGUGAACUUGUGCAGGAAACAGGAGGUGGUGGUUUACGACCAGAGCACCAAAGACGCCAGCCUGCUCUCCAAAGACAGCUUUGUGCACAUCCUGCUCUCCAAACUGGAGGAAACCUUCAGCCAGGUGUCCUUACUCACAGGGGGCUUCGCAGCCUUCUCCUCCUGCUUCCCCGGCCUGUGUGAGAGUAAGCAGGCCACCAUCCUCCCCAUGAGCCUGUCCCAGCCCUGCCUGCCUGUUGCCAACGUGGGCCCCACCCGCAUCCUGCCCCACCUCUACCUGGGCUCCCAGAGGGACGUUCUCAACAAGGAGCUGAUGGCCCAGAACGGCAUCACCUACGUGCUGAACGCCAGUAACACCUGUCCCAAGCCAGACUUCAUAAGCGAGAGCCACUUCAUGCGCAUUCCCGUCAACGACAACUACUGUGAGAAGCUGCUGCCCUGGCUAGACAAAACCAAUGACUUCAUCGACAAGGCCAAGGUGUCCAACUGCCGCGUCAUCGUCCACUGUCUGGCCGGCAUCUCGCGCUCAGCCACCAUCGCCAUCGCCUACAUCAUGAAAACCAUGGGCCUGUCAUCGGACGAUGCCUACAGGUUUGUGAAGGACCGGAGGCCUUCGAUCUCUCCCAACUUCAACUUCCUGGGCCAGCUUCUGGAGUUUGAGAAGGGCCUGAAGGUGCUGAAGGCUCUGAGCUGCCACCCCAUGCGCACCCUGAUGGAGCGGCACGAGGAGGAGCAGGAGAUGCGGGAGGUGCCCGCGGACCCCAGGGAGGCCGGGUCCGGCCAGGAGAACGGCUCGGACCCCAAGUUCCCCGGGCCCAAGCCCGGCCUGAACGGCCUGAACCUGUCGGCCGAGCACAUCGCCGACACCAACCGCCUCAAGCGCUCCUUCUCGCUGGACAUCAAGUCCGUGUACGCGCCUGGCCAGUGCCCGCGGCUCUCGCCGCCCAAGCUGGCGCUCACGCCCGUCAGCUCGGAGGACGUGCCCAAGCUGUGCAAGCUGGACAGCCCCGGCGGCGGCGGCGGCAGCGGCCAGUACUCGCCCGUGCCCGACAGCCCCACGGGCUCGGCCGAGUCACCCGGCGGAAGCGGGCCGGGCGAGGCCCGCGUGCGCCAGCGGAGGAAGGGCAGGCGCAGCAGCAGCAACAGCAGCAGCAGCAGCAGCAGCAGCAGCAGCGGUAGCAGCACCCUUAGCGAGACCUCCACCCCCCCGACUCCGCCACACUCCCUCUCCCUCAGCCUGAGCCUCCCCCACCCGCUGCUCGGGCCCCAUCACCCCUCAGAGCUGGGCAUCGGCGGCGGCGUUGGCAUCGGCGGUGGCAUCAGGAGCUCCCUGCUGCUGAACCUGCCCACCGGCGCCAGUCCCAUGUGGACCCAGCACAGGGACACGGUGCAGGCCACCACGCCCAGCACCCCCACCGGAGAGUGCCCCUGGUUCCUGGGCUCCGGCUGCGGCCCCGCGUCCGCGCUCGCCUCCAACGCCUCCUCCUCCACCUCCUCCUCCUCCUUCUCCUCCUCCUCCUCCUCCUCCUCCUCCUCCGCGGUGGUGUCCUCCUCCACGCUGCGCUUCGGCAGCAGUUCCACGUACAUGGCGUUCGGCUGCAGCGGGCGCGCCGGCUCCGGUGAGGAACAGCGGGUGCAGCUGCGGGACAAGCCCCAGGCGGGCAGGGACUCGCGGGGCAGCUGGCACGAGGACUCCUCCUCCUCCACCUCCUCCUCUUCCUCUUCCUCCGCCGCCGCCGCCACGGCCGGUGGGGGCAGCAGCGUGGUGGACAAACAGUUCAAGCGCCUCAGCUGCCAGAUGGAGUUCGAGGAGGGCAUGUCGGAGACGCACUCCCGCGAGGAGCUGGGCAAGCUGGGCAAGCAGUCGAGCUUCUCCGGGAGCAUGGAGAUCAUCGAGGUCUCCUGACGCCACAGCCUAGGACUGACCUGAAGUGGACAGACCGGACGACUUCAACAACGACCUGGUGGUUACACUAUUACACGGGCCUUUUUCAGGUCGACUUUGAUUGUUGGCUUGGAAGAAUCCUGCCUCUCAGAGACAAGACAGUCAGACAGACAGACAGUUCAGAUAUGAGGACAGGUCUCUGUUGUUGGACAGGAUGGACUUUGAGAAAAAGGCUACAACUGUCACAGAGCUCCAGGCCAGCGCAAUGCAAGCUGGACUUUAUGGCAAAGGGAAAUUUGCUCUCGUGUGCUCGAUGGACAGUUCGAACUGACAGAGGCAAAAAAAAGAAGGACAUUAAGUUUAUCCUGAUGUUGGACUGCAGUACUUUGAAUGAAAAGUGCCAUACUCCAGCACCAAAGGAAAGCUAUGAACAUACACACACACACUGACAAACACGAUACACACACAGACAAACACACACACACACACACACACACACGCACACACACUCUCACACACACACACAAGGCGUGCUACUGUACCAUUUGAAAUGAAGGAUGCGCUUUGGGGAGAACUCAAACUCCCAGCAUGCCUAAAUGAAUUAACAUGAAGAGAACUGUGGGUCACCACAGGUGAAAACAUAAAAAGAUGCUUUUCAAAAAUACAAUUUUGUUUUUCUUUUGACAUACUGUCAAUUUUGUCAGUGUUAACAGCUAUAUGCACCGCAAAAGUAUUAGUUGUGAUGAUAUCCUGUGUGUUUAUGGUAGGAGAUGCGCCAAUGGUGCACUCUCAACCAAACUACUGUAACUCCUCCUCCAAAUAUACACUGAGCAUGCUCUAAGUGGCUGGCUACCUACAGACAGACAAGCUGUGUACCAACAGCACUAAGCUUUAUAUAUAUUAAAAAUAUAUAUAUAUCCAUACACAUAUACAUGCAUAUGUAAAAAAAAUCGUACUGCAAUUUUAAUGGACAAAUGUUUUAUCCAUUAUUUUGUUUUAAUUUAUUUUAUCUGUUUCAUUCUGGCAAUGAGAAAUAAUAUAAUAUUUGUGAACUCAUGUUGUUUAUUUCUUGCAGUUUAACUGUAUUGUAUUUAUAAGAAUGCAAACACUUACAAACAAAACACAAACUCAAGCAAUACAAAAUGAUUUUUAAAAGUCUCUACGAGUCUGACAGAACUCCUCUUGUGUGCCAGUCUUUCAUAACCUCCACAUGCAUGACGCCAUGAUCGAGAACCCCUUGCCUGACUAGAGCAGCCCCUGUGUUGUCCCUACUAUACGAUAUAUACUGGCUAUAGGUAUGCACAUAACGGAGAAUGAACAUCGUAUUUAACACGAAAAGAGGCAGAGACUGUCUUUUUUAUUCUGAACUUGGUUGCAGUGCGGCUUUCGAACCUCAGCAUAGCGCCUGGGACACACUCCAACUGCCCUGAGAAUCCAGACUCAGCUCCAAACACACUGUGCUCUAACACAUCCUCCCGACCCGCCAUUUAGACACACCAGUGAAGCACACAACAACACUCAUGGAUCGACUGUUUUAACACCACCUAUCCCAGGCGCCCCAUGCAGUGGAAUAGACCGGAAGUCUAGCAGGGGUGGGUGGGGGCAUUCUCAGUCUCAGGGGAAACUCCCAGGAUCGAUUGGUUUCAUUGAGCACACGUACGGACACAAUAAAGGCCUCGUAGAUCAUUUUCUGUCCUUUCCCCCCUCUCUCUCUCUAUUAUGAUUCCCCAUCUAUCAGUUCCCAUUGCGCUCUCUCACCUGUAUGUUGUGGAGAGGGGAGAGGGGUUUGGUUUCGGCACAAAUGUGAACAGGAUAACUCAAUAUGCAGCGCAGAAUCGCGGCUCCUUUUCUCCUGUUGGCUUUCGCUUGUGUGUGGGCCUCCUUAUGCUGCUGGAUCUACUAUGUUCUUUUCUGUUCUUUAUCCUCAGCCUAUUAAUGUGGAAGAACAAGCAGGCGAUCCUUGUGUUAUUAUUAUUAUUAUUAUUAUUGGUCAUUUUGAUAUUGUAAAUAGCAACAUUAUGGAUACCUUAGGCUGCUUGAUGCAAAAUACCUCAGGUUCUAUUCAAAUGCUUUUUCUUCCCCUUGUACCUGUUUUGUGGAAAUGAAACAAAAUACAAGCAAAACCACAA